GGAGGCAGGAGGGCGAGGGCGAGGGCGCAGCCGCCGUCUCUCCGCGGCAAACUAGGCCAACGCUGCGCGAAGUCGGCCGCCUCUGUAUCAACAUCUUCAGAGCCUUUUGUGCCGGGGACGUGGUCGUUCCGUUCGCGGCCGCCGCGUCAGCAACCUCGACCGCAGCCACCGCCUGUCGAGUGCCAGAGGCGGCCACGAUGGGCAACCUGCAGAGCGACGCCAAGAAGAGGACCAAGAAGGCCAAGGGCAACGUCGACGGGACACCGAGCGCUCACGGGUCCGUGGCGGACGGUCUCGAGGAUGGGAACGACACCGCCGACGACGGGGAGACGGGGGACGCGGACGAUACGUGCGCCAGAACGCCGCAUGGGACUGGGAGAACGGAAGAGCCGCCGAGGAUCGCGUUCGAGAAGGUGCGGGCGUCGCAUCAUGGCAAACGACAGGCACCCAGGCCGCCUGGAUCCAACGAGAGAAAGGUUCAGCAGGUCGGUGUCGAGGAUGAGGAUAGGAUGCCGCAGGAGCCGACGGAGAAGCUCGAGGACGAGAGGUCCCAGCGAUCGGAGGACACGGUCGAGUCGACGGAAACGAAAGUAGAACCGGAACCACCUAACACGCUGUUGAUACCGGUCUCUGUACCCCAUCAGCGACAGGGUCCAGUCGUUCUGGUCACGGAUUCCUGGCGACUGGUGAACAAGGGUUGCGUCGUGACGGAAAUCUCGAUGCCAACUAGUCAGGAGUCGUCGAGCGACAGCGUGUUCACGGAUCCAGAGGAUCUAACGGGCGCGGCGGAGGCGUCGAAAAAGCAACUCCCCACGGUGUCUCCGUCUGCGUCUCCGGUUUCAAAGACCCGCGACGCCGAAACGUCUCCUCUGUCUCCGCUCACCGAGAGACGACUCGUAGACACCCUGAUCUCUGCGUUGCCGGAACACUUGAAGUCGAGACUCACGGAGGACGAAGUCGAACAGUUCGCCUCCAGACUCUUUUCCAAACUAGUUUCGGAUGGCCUUCUCGACGCGAUUACGCUCGACGGUGGUACGCAGGACAAGGAAUUCGUGGAAGAUAAGCCCGCGUCUGCUAGCCUAAACUCGGAAGAAGCGAUCGCGAAAGAUCGCCGAGACUCUGAGAAGGAAAGGUUAAGACGCGAGGUCGAGCGACUUCGUGAACUGACGAAGAAUGCGGACAGAACGACCCAAGGGAGAUCCACUCAGACGUCCCCUACGACUGCGUUUCUGGAUGGAGGUCCUGGAAAUAUCGCGAGGACACGAAGUUCGGGAGAUUCCGCGUCCCCUACGGAGAGAUCGAGCGUCCAGGACGUUAUUCUCGAGGAGCCUGCGACCAGGAUAGCGUCUCUGCCGGUUGCAAAUGGCUACAAAGAUGCUAAAAGUGCGAGGGACUUCCCGUUCUUGCCAGCUUCUCCACUGCCACCAUCGAUGUCAUCCCCGUCCACGUUCUCGAGCACACCUCCACCCCCGCCACCUCCACCGCCGCCAUCACCCUUCCUAGAUCAUCGUUCCCCUAACAAUUCGUGUUCGAUUUCCUCGACGCAGCCUGCCUCGUUUUCCAUACCACCUCCACCGCCACUGCCAGUUUGUUCGUUGCCAGCACAGUCGAUUCCUUCGCAAAACAUAACUUCGUUGACGAGAAUACCGCCGCCUCCGCCUCCUCCAGGACCCUCGCCACCAGCCCUGCAACCACUGACCAGAGAAACUCCUGUCCCGCCACCUGCUCCACCCCCGCCACCUCCACCACCCUCACCAGCACCGUCGUUAGGCGCCAUGUUGGGUGCUCCGCCGCCUCCACCACCUCCACCGACACCAUCGAUGUGCUCUGUACCUCCUCCACCACCACCCCCUCCUCCUCCGCCAUCGUUACUGGCAACCACGAACGGUGUACUCUACGAAAGCUCGUCGAUUCCUCCACCACCGCCUCCGCCACCACCUCCAGCACCCUCGAUAAGUGCCAUGGGAAGACCACCUGUCCCACCCCCUCCGCCACCGCCUCCGACACCUUCGAUUCCCGGUAUACCACCGCCACCGCCACCCCCCAUGGGGAUACCUGGAGGACCGCCUCCACCUCCGCCACUGCCAACGAUGGGAGGUCCACCUCCUCCACCGCCACCACCGUCGAUCGUAAUACCCGGUGGACCUCCGCCACCGCCACCACCGCCGGGAUCAACGGCGCAAGGAACGCAAUCGACGGGCCCCUGUCCCUUGCCCGCGCCUCCAGUGGGGGGUUGGAACCCGGCAAGCAGAGCGUGCAUGAGGAAAGAAUCGCUGUGCCCCGAGGUGCCCAUGAAACCGCUCUACUGGACGAGGUUACUGGUACCGGUGGUACCGACGGAACAUGGCUCCGUCGACAGUUCAGAUUCACCCGUUCAGGUUCCGCUGUGGUUGGAGCUAGAGGAAGAGAAAAACCUGGACAUGAAAGAGUUCGCCGGUCUCUUUUCGCGUCAGGUGACCGCGAGAAAGCCCGUCAAAAAGGCGGACGAUUCUUCGAAGCCGUCUAAGGUGCAGCCGGCGAAGAUUCUCGACUCGAAGCGCUCGAAAACCGUGGGCAUACUCGAGAAGAGCCUGCACGUGGACUUCUGCGAGGUGGAGAACGCCGUGUACAAUCUGGACACGAGCGUGGUCAACCUGGAGGCCUUGCAACAGAUAUACGAAAUCAGGCCAACGCAGAAAGAGUUGGAAGACAUAAAGGCCUUCGAGGAAGCGAACCCGGAAGUGCCUCUGGACCGGCCAGAGAUCUUCCUGAAGAAACUCUCGUGUAUAAAUUGCUUCACGGAGAGGAUAGCCUGCCUGAUGUUCCAGACUGAAUUUCACGACGCCAUAUCCUCGGUGUCCACGAAACUGACGAACAUGCGCACCACCUGCGAUUUCCUCCGCAGCUCCAGUUCCCUGAAGAAGGUCAUAGGUCUGAUCCUAACGCUGGGCAAUUACAUGAACGGCGGGAACAGGACGCGAGGCCAAGCGGACGGUUUCGGCCUUGAAAUCCUGGGCAAGCUGAGGGACGUGAAAUCAAACGUUCCGGGGAUAACUCUUCUCCAUUACGUCGUGAGGGCUAGACUGGCUCAAGAGAAGGACCAUAAUUUCGAGGAACCGUUACCCUUGCCAGUACCCGAGCCUGCAGAUGUGGAGGCCGCCUCGACCAUCAACUUCGACAAUAUCACGGCCGAUCUUGACAGGCUACAGAAGGAACUGCAAGCUUGCACCAAGAAAUGCAACAAAGUGGUGGAAGCAGAUUCAGCAACGACGGGACCGUUCAAGGCAAAGAUGGACUCGUUCUUCCGCGAGGCAGCCACGGAAUUGGCGAACGAGCAGGAGGCGUUGCUGGAGGCUAGGAACAAAUUUAAGGCUGUGAUGCAAUUUUAUCAGUACACUCCUAAAGGACAUCUGGAAGAAAGAACAACAACGAAUACGAAAGGAACGAAUGGAGGAGAUACGAAAGAAGUACGAGAGCAAGACCAAAGUGGAGAAACUGAAACUGAGCGCCACGGGGUUGAAGGCACGGCUUCAAAAGCUCUCGCGCAAGUAGUGAUCGUAGAUACACCGUUUUGGUGCAUAUUUGUUUACGAACCGAGGCCUCUGAAUGCUAAUUUUCGAGCGCGAACAGUCAUGGCUGCCGCGAAACGACAGCACUUGGAUCGAUCGUACGUCCCUCUUUUUACGGCACUAAUUUUGUCGAACAAACGAUUCUCUCUCGUAGAUAUAUACAUUCGUUCAUGAAUCUGUUAUUGUAAAUAGUCUCGUUAAGUUUGCACGCACAAUUUGUAUAUAAAAUGUUCCGCGAACAAAUUGAUUCGAUCGUUAAUAAAUGAUACUUUUUAUACGAACGAGCAUCGUUCCCUUUCUUCAAUCGCACACCCGAGGCAAACAGAGGUCUGUAACUUGACGUAGUUACAGACCAGGGAUGGGCAAAUUGUAUCUCAGAAACUAUUUCAACAACGAAUACUAUACUUGGUUUUGAGACCGUGAUUCACGUUUUGACAUCUUCGCACAAUUAAUUUGCUCUCACGCUUAGGACCGAACA